UUUAGGCGCCUUCAAAUUCCCGCGCUUUCUGCUCACAACAAGGUACCGCGAAAAUCUACUUUUUGGAUAUAAGAAAAAAUUAAUUUCAGUAACUUAAUGUUCAAAGAUAGAAUCUAAGCGUGUUUCGUCCGUGGAUUUGGUCUUGCUGUCAUGGAUACAUCAAACCCUGCAGUUUUUGUCAAUGGGGCACUGCUGCGCAUGUAUGUUGGACGGCGGGUCCGGACAGUGAUCCAGGUUAUACAAUCUGACAGUGGAGGUGUAACUGGAAAAUCAACAGAUGAUCAUCAGCUAGUUGUAAAAGGCUCCCAACCAACAAUUCCUCUGACAAAUUUUGUUGAGGUUAUUGGCAUUGCUGAUAGCGAUAGAUCCAUCAGAGCUGAAAUGUGGACCAACUUUGGGAACACAUUUGACACAAAUAACUACAAUCAGCUAUGUCAGCUUGCAAAUGGAGAAUACAAACACUUAUUCAUCUAGCUACACAUGGUAAACUUUUAUGACGAUUUGAUGUGAGGUGCUUUCCAUCCCAUGACAAUGUAAUUAAGUGGACUAUAUGAUGAAGUUGUCUUGCUUUUUGUUUGUCUUUGGAAUUUGAAUGAACUAGUGUUUGUUUUUUCGAUGAUAGCAAAACCAGUUUGUUACUAGUUCA